CAGGGGCGGACUGCCAUUCGAGCACUCGGGCACUGCCCGAGGGCCCGGGGUCAGUAGGGGGCCCCAUGAAAUGCCCCUGGUAUCUUUUUUAUAGGCUUUUUUGAGUGUGGGCAAGGACACAGGGGCCCCAUGAUCCCCUAUUGGCCGGGGGCCCCAUGAGUUGUCAGUCCACCCCUGCUCUGCACACCACCUCUCCCCCUGGGCGGACUGACCAUUUGGAAACUUGUGCACUUCCCGAGGGCCUGGGGUCAGUAGGGGGCCCCAUGAGAUGCCCCUGGUACCUUUUUCAUAGGCAUUUUUGAGUUUGGGCAAGGUCACAGGGGCCCCAUGAUCCCCUAUUGCCCGGAGGCCCCAU